UGACAUCAGAAAUAGGUGGCAACACUGCAGUCAACAGCUGUGCGGCACAAACACUUUGCAAAUUCUUGAAAAUCACGAUGUCGGGAACUAAGGUGCUGCGCUCCCUGCUGCACGAACUGCGCCAGGCUGCCCCAAAUGGCUGCAUCAAGGACUCCUUGGCCGCGCGUUACGUGCUGGCGCAAUACAAGAAGUUCGCCACCACAGAGCAGCAAUUUUGCAAGGCGCGGAAUGAGGCGACUUUCCUGGGACAAACCUACUUGACCUAUUUGUCCAGCCAGCGCCAGUAUUUGGAGAUCUACAAGGAGUUUCACGGGAGGGGCGAAAGAUCCGUGAGGGACACCGCCGAUCUGGUGGGCUUCAAGCUGCCCUCGGAUCCCAAGUGAUCUGGUAUCUCGUUUAUGUUGUCUAGUGUAGUGCGAUUAAAGCGGCUAAUAUAGCAAAA